ACUGGACCAAUAAUAAUUGUCACGAAACUGGACCAAUUCUUUAGCCCACGACUUGUCGUUUGUUGAGCUGAAGGCCUCACCUUCUGUACUUUGAAACCUCAAAGUGCAACUGAGAGGCUAUCCCCAGUCGUCAUCUUCCUCGAAAAGUCUUUAUGUCUAUACUUUUCAAACACUCAAGCAACUCUUUUGCUUCUUAUAACUCUUCUUUACAAACCAAUCAAAUAUGGGUAUGAGCGUCGCCGCUUCUAUAUCCUCCAUCGCCACCGUUCGCUUCCCCGGUUGCCGCCGCCGCCGCUGCUUUCGCGCCUCACCAUCUCUCUCGCUUCGAAUAAUGGCUCAAUUCUCCUCCUCCUCCUCCGCCACUUCUCCGCUGCCUUCGACCUCCGGCGCGGCUCCCGUCGAAGCCAAGAAACCGCCCAAGCUGCCCUGGCUCAUAGUCGGACUCGGAAAUCCCGGCAAGAUGUACAGCAGCACCCGCCACAAUGUGGGUUUUGCGAUGGUGGAUGCUAUAGCUGAAUCUGAAGGGAUAGCUUUGAGCAGUGUUAACUUCAGAGCCCUUAUUGGAAAAGGCUUUAUUGGGGAUGCCCCGGUUAUAUUUGCGAAACCGCAAACUUACAUGAAUAAAAGUGGUGAGUCUGUUGGAGCCAUUGUGUCGUAUUACAAAAUACCAUUGCAGCAAGUACUUGUGAUCUUUGAUGAUCUGGAUCUUCCUUUUGCGAAAUUGCGGCUGUUGCCAAAAGGAGGACAUGGAGGACAAAAUGGGAUGAGGAGUAUAAUUGAUCAUUUUAAAGGAAGCCGUGACUUCCCACGUUUGAGAAUCGGUAAAAUCUGUGUAGGUAUUGGCCGGCCUCCUGGGAAAAUGAACCCGUCCAACUUUGUUCUUCGUCCCUUUAAUAAGCAAGAACGCGAAGAGUUAGAUUUUACAUUUCAACAUGGCACAGACGCGGUGCGGAUUCUUUUGCUUGAAGGGUUUAACAAAGCGGCAACAUUUGUUAACACAGCCAAACCCUUGGAGCAAUGUGGUUAAUUUCCUUUCAGGUUGCAAGCUUUGGUUACCAUGAGAAGCAGAAUUUUACAUUUAUACUUCUCUGUUUAGUAAAUCAUCAUCCAUUUCAUCAUUCGUUUAGGAGUAUUUAUCUCCACCAUGCUACACUCAAGUUUAUCUGUUUAUACGUAUACCAUUUGGGUAUCUGCAAGCUUUUAGAUUCUUUGAAAGAAGCUGCAGCUAUACUUAAUAAUAUGUUAGAACAACAGAAACCCUAUGACAGGUUCUCUUCAUAUUUUUGCCUUACCUUACUGGCUUCAGCAAUUUAUAUCAUCUUUAUGAACAUGUAUAACAUUUAUCUUUGUAACAUUAUAGACCUCAUAUCAUUGUAUCAGGAAAUUACCCGAGUAUUGCUCUAUCGUUUGUAGCUCUCCACGGGAUGUGAAGUAUAUUAAGCAGAGUGGUUGCAAUGAAUUAUGGCA